AUGGAUGGAGGAAAUCAGUCCACAGUGUCAGAAUUUGUGCUUCUGGGACUUGGCCACUCAUGGAGUAUGCAGGUCUUACUCUUCAUGAUAUUUUUGCUGCUUUACGUGAUCAUUGUAUCUGGAAAUAUUGUCAUUGUGACCUUAAUCAUCACUGACCCUCAUCUCCAUUCCCCCAUGUACUUCUUUUUGGCCAACCUGUCCUUUGUUGAUAUGUGGCUUUCCUCAGACACCACUCCUAAGAUGAUCACAGAAUUUCUCAGAGAGAACAAAACCAUUUCCUUUGCAGGUUGCAUGUGCCAAAUCUUUUUUGCCCAUUUCAUUGCAGCAAGUGAGAUGGUGCUUCUGGUGUCCAUGGCCUAUGACCGCUAUGUGGCCAUCUGCAAACCACUUCAUUACUCCACCAUUAUGAGCCUGCAAAGGUGCACUGGGCUGGUGGUUUCUUCCUGGAUGGUUGGAUUCAUUCAUACCACAAGCCAAAUAGUUUUCCUAGUGGGUUUACCUUUCUGUGGUCCCAAUGUUGUGGAUAGCAUCUUCUGUGACCUCCCUCUGGUCAUCAAGCUGGCCUGCACUGACACCUAUGUCCUGGAGCUCCUGGUGAUUGUGGACAGUGGGCUCCUGUCCCUGGUCUGCUUCAUCCUCUUGGUCAUAUCCUACAUCAUCAUGUUCGUCACCCUCUGGCAGCACUCCUCCAGGGCCUCCUCCAAGGCUGUGUCCACACUCUCUGCUCACAUCACUGUAGUGAUCCUCUCCUUUGGCCCCGAUAUCUUCAUCUAUUCUUUUCCAUUCAAUAGUUAUUCUGUAGAUAAGUUUCUGUCUGUGUUUUACAUUUUAAUUACCCCCUUUCUUAAUCCAAUUAUUUAUACUCUCAGGAAUCAGGAAAUGAAAGGAGCCAUUAAGAGAUUGUGCAGUCAGAACAUAGUUUUCUGUCUGGACAGGUAA